GCAAACACAUCUCAAACACAAUCUGCUAAUCAUGAAAACCACAAGUGCUUCUGUUUUUCUUCUUUUCGCCCUGUUUGGCCUGGCCAACGCUGCAAACAAUGCUGUGCUGGAUGCUGCCGGUGAAGAGGUCGUCACAGGUGUCCCAUACUAUGUAGUGUCAGGGAUAUGGGGCGCUGGAGGCGGAGGGCUUGCCAUAGGCAGGGAGAAGGGUAGACCAUGCCCGGAAAUCGUCGUUCAGAGACAAUCCGAUAUGGACUAUGGUAAUCCCGUGAUAUUUUCUAAUGCGGACCCUAACGAUGACGUUGUCCGUGUGUCCUCCGACGUAAACUUGAAGUUCACUGGACCAAGAGACAGACUCUGCCUAACAUCAACCGUGUGGAAGGUUCAAGAUCUCGACGAACAAACCGGAAAAAGGUGGCUGGAACUUGGUGGGGAAGAAGGAAGCCCUGGUUGCGACACAAAGGAGAAUUGGUUUAAAAUAGAGAAGGCCAGCAUUCCUGGUAUGUAUAACUUUAAGUACUGCCCUUCGGUAUGUGGCUCAUCCGCAACUUAUUGCAACGAAAUUGAGAGAGCUCGAGAUGGCAGACAAAUGCGUUUGGCUCUAUCCGAAGGCCAAGGGUUUGCAUGGCCAUGGGUGUUUAUCAAAGCAAUCCAACCACGUACGAGGAUUCAACAAGUUGUUCGUGCUUAAUUGAAAGCCAUCGUUAAGCAUGAACUAAUUACUACUUUAGUAUUAGCUUUUAAGUGAAUAAAGGUUAGGCCACUGCUUAAAUCUGAGAGAGCUUAUCAUUAAAGUUGCCUUGUUAGAGGCAGCAGCAUGUUCAUGCUUACAGGGUUUGACUCUCAGGGCCCUGCUUUGUACUCUUUUCAGCUUAUUGAAUAAAACUAUCUAGUUAAUUA